AUGGCCUCCUCCUACUAUUGUUGCUCUUGUGAUAGUAGUCUAAUCACAGAUUGGUAUCGAUUUAUAGCACCAGCAGGUACUCAAUUGGCUACAACUCCAGUUAGCACAAGUUAUUGUGGAACAAAUUAUGGAGGUUGGUUCAAUGGUAGUCUUCCAACGACUGUCGGAGCAGUAACAAGCGGUACGGUUUGUGUUAACUAUGGUGGUAAUUUAUGUUACUCAACGUAUUCGCUUAGUUCAAUACUUGUAACCAAUUGCGGAGAUUUCUAUGUUUUUUACCUGAGAGCAAUGACUUCCUGCAAUUUUCGAUAUUGUACAGCAUAA